AUGGGCAGAUUAAACAACGCAGAAUUCAUCAGUAAAGUUGAGACCCUUCUAGCGGCUAACGAAGGUAAGAGUUCUGUUUACUUCACUCAAAAAAGGUACACUGCAUCUCUUGAGAAAGAACCUAUUGACGAGAUCAAGGACCUCUCAUCCAACAUUGUGGAUCAUUCUCCAGCAUACACAAAGAACACACAGGCUUACCCUGUACUAAUUAGAGCUACAUUGGGAACCAAGGAAUCCAAGAUAUCAACUGUGGUGGAGCCAGCAAAUUUGGAUGCUUUCUGGUUGGAAUACGCACAGGUGCUAAAAACGGGCUUCGUUGGGUUGAAGAAGAAAGAGAAGAAGAAGACGAAGAAAAGCAAGGUGACGAAACCAUAG